CAUAGGAUAUGGGUCUCACCAGAUAAACUAACUAAAUUGUCAUUCGGGUCAAAUGGGAGGAUUCCAUUGUUGCGUGGAGAGAUGGAGAUGGAGAGAGAGAAGAUGAGAUAGGGAGAGAGAGACGUGAAGGGUUGAGUUCUUUGGAGUGGAGUCAUCUUCUCUGUGUUUCUCGCCACAUUAUUGGAGAGAUUGAAGUUGUUGGAUCUGUUCUCAAGGGUACCUACUCACUGUGAAACCAAGUAUUUCUAGUUGGAGGUGCUAAGAUGGAUACAAAGACGAAAAGCCAAAUAAGUGGUGAGAAGUAUGCUGCUGAUAUUUUAUCCAUAAGAGAAGCGCAAGCACGCAUUAAAUCAUUUAUUCACAGAACUCCAGUCUUGUGCUCUGAAACUCUGAAUUCUAUUGCUGGAAGGAAGCUAGUUUUUAAAUGCGAAUGUUUUCAGAAAGGUGGAGCUUUCAAAUUCCGAGGUGCCUGCAAUGCGAUUUUUUCACUUGAUGAUGAUCAGGCAGCUAGAGGGGUUGUAACUCACAGCAGUGGGAACCAUGCUGCAGCAUUGUCUUUGGCUGCGAAACUACGCGGCAUUCCAGCAUAUAUUGUUGUACCAAAAAAUGCUCCAAAAUGCAAAGUUGAGAAUGUCAUGCGUUACGGUGGCCAGGUUAUCUGGAGUGACGCCACUAUGCAAUCAAGAGAGGAUACUGCUAACAAGGUUUUGCAAGAAACCGGUGCAGUUCUUGUUCAUCCAUAUAAUGAUGGGCGGGUCAUAAGUGGGCAGGGUACCAUAUCACUGGAGCUUUUGGAGCAAGCCCCGCAAAUAGACACUAUAAUAGUUCCUAUAAGUGGCGGAGGUUUGAUAUCUGGGGUUGUGUUGGCUGCCAAGUCUAUCAACCCUGCUAUUCGAGUUUUAGCUGCUGAACCAAUGGGAGCAAAUGAUGCAGCUCAAUCCAAAGCAGCCGGUAGGAUUAUAACAUUGCCUGAGACCAACACCAUCGCUGAUGGACUUAGAGCUUUUCUUGGAGAUUAUACCUGGCCUAUUGUACGGGAUUUGGUUGAUGACAUCAUCACAGUGGAGGAUAAGGAGAUAAUAGAAGCCAUGCGGCUCUGUUAUGAAAUUCUAAAGGUUGCUGUAGAGCCUAGUGGAGCGAUUGGCCUUGCAGCUGUUCUAUGUAGUUUCAGGAAAAAUCCUGCUUGGAAGGGCUGCAACCACAUAGGAAUUGUACUUUCAGGGGGUAAUGUUGAUCUGCGUGUGCUUUGGGAUUCCUUUAACAAAUAAAAGUUAUACCAAAUUCUUGCCCAAUUGUAGGAUAUUUCUUUCCCUUGGCAAUGAAGCCGUUAUUAAUGAAAUGAAGUUCUGAAAGCAGCCUGUUCUUAAUUCCA